AUGUCGACCGAGCCAGGCCCACAACAACUGCGGCUAGCGAGGCGUAUCCCCGAGAUAGAAGUGUUGGACCUUCGAGACCCCCCUGGGAGAAUCGCGACGACAAGAGAGCGGAGCCAUGUAGUCCAGUGCCCUCCACACCCCUACCCACUCGAUAAAUCUCCGAUUGCUGUGUUCCAUAGCCUAGACGAGGACUGGAUCGACGCAUCUCAGGAGGUGCUCAUCUUCACACACCAGGUGCCCGACUCCGAUGAUGAGAAGAUGCGUCUCCUCAACAAGAAGUCGGAACACUUUCAAUAUUAUUUCUGGACGGCUCUGGACAGAGAUGGAAGAUUCAACCAGCCGUUUGACGGGAGCGAGUAUCUCUGGGAGCCCUUCGACAUCCGGACUAUGCGAAUCUGGUGGCGCAUGUGCCACCAAGAUUCUGUUCCUACCCACAUUGAUGUUAGCAACGACGGUCUAUGGAGAGACCUUUUGAUGUCAUCGCCUUGGUUCGACUGUCCCCUCUUUCGCGACCUGCUGUGGGAGGUUGUGACAGAUGAUAACGGACAGCCUAGGACCGAGACGGUUGACGGUGAGGACCUAAUUACUCUCAAGCGGCGAGAUCCGAGAUUGGGAGAACUGGAAACAAACUUCGUUAGAAGAUGGUGGCUCGUGGCUUCGCAGGUGCCCCUGAGGCGGUUUGAGAACGGAGACGCGGUUCUGCCCAUAACUGCUAAGCAUUACGAGGCUCGGUAUGGAACUGCAAGCAUGCAGUGGAACAUUCCUUCUGAUAUCGAAGAUCCUGGGGACAGUGUUUUAUUUUUGGAAGUUAAAAGCCACAGGCCUGAGUUGGAGCAGCUACCGGCACUAGACUGGCCAGUUUGGUUGUUGGCUAAUGGGAACCUUGUACUUGAACCUGAUGACCUCUCUGGUACUGUUGCUUCGAAUUUGACGGACGUGGCUGAGCGUGAAGCUUUGGAUGUCCCCCAAUGA